AUGGAGGAGGAGGAGGAGGCAAACACGGGUGCUGGUGGCUUUGCUUCGGCGCCAAACGUUGGCGGGGAGGGGACCUCUACUUCCCAGCCCGGCACGGAUUUCCCCUCGGUGGACCCAGAGGACAUCGACACCGUCAUCGAGGAUGUCGCCAAGGAUGCCGCGACGGAGGUCAAGAAGAUUGCUGCCGAGGAGACCGCCAAGGGUGCUGCUGAGGACGCCGCCAAGGGGCCCGCCAGGGAGUCCGGCAAGGCCACCGCCGAGGAGCCGGCAAGGGGCCUGCCGGGGGGGGCAAGUCUAAACCCUAGCCACGCUCCCUCCGCGCGCCGGACACGUCCGCCCGGCGCCGGACGAACCCGCAGCCGCAGCCCGCACCAGUCAGGGGCCGACACGUGGCGCCCCCGCCGCCCGUACGCCGCAAGCCCGCCGAGCCCCAGAUCGGCCCCUCCCGAGCCCGGCCUCCGCCCGACGCCCGCCGCUCCGUCCUCCUCCUCCAGCCGCCGCCCCCGCCGCCCGGUCGCCGACCUCGCUGCCCCGUCAUCGCCUCCGGCGAACGCCAGCGCCGCCCGCGCCCGAGCGCGCCCGGCGCCCGGCGCCCGACGCCCGCCGCUCCAGUGCCCCUCUCCGGCCUCCUCCGCCGUGCCCCGCGUCUCCCCCGAGCUCCUCUCCCUCCACUCCAACUCCGGCCGCCGCCGUCUCCUCCGUCUCCGGCGAGUAGCCGCGCGCCUGAGCCGCUCCAGAUUGAGAUCUGGAUCGGCCUAG